UAUGGCAAAUCACUUGUCAACCCAAUCCAAAUAGUUCCAAUGUUCCUUUAAAAUUUAAAAUUUAAUUUAUAUUUCACAAAUUAAUUUUAGACUAUUUAUAUCCAUAUUGCAUCGAAAUGUUAAAGGGGAUGGUUAGUUUGGUGACCGGUGGAGCAUCUGGUCUUGGUAAAGCGACUGUGGACAGGCUUAUAAAAAAUGGAGGCAAAGUUGUAAUUCUCGAUAUACAAGCAACAAGAGCUCAGGAAGUAGCUAAAAAACUUGGUGAUAAUGUGAUAGUAUCAGCCGGUUGUAUAACAAAAGAGGAAGAUGUGAAGAAAACAUUAGAUAUUGUAAAAGAGAAGUUUGGCCGUCUGGAUCUGUUGGUGAACUGUGCGGGACACACAGAGACACACCAAGUGUAUAAUUUUUACAAAGAUAAAGAAUGUGAUCUGGAUGGUUUUGUUAAAUGUGUAAAUGUAAAUACUAUAGGUACAUUCAAUGUCAUAAGGUUAGCAGCAGGAUUGAUAGGCAAAAAUAAACCAAAUGAAGAUGGUCAGAGAGGUGUCAUUAUAAAUACAGCAGCAACAAUAGCUUACGAGGGUGACAUCGGCCAAGCGCCUUAUGCAGCAUCUACAGCUGCAGUCAUUGGCAUGACUCUACCCAUAGCUAGGGAUUUAGCUUCACAAGGAAUUAGAGUUAUGACGAUAGCCCCUGGAAUCUUUGAGACACCGUUAAUAUCAUAUAUACCAGAAAAAGUUAUAGAUUACCUGAAAAGAAUAUGUCCAUUCCCAACAAGAUUUGGCAGACCUGAGGAGUUUGCGCAUCUCGUCACAAGUAUCGUGGAGAAUCCAAUGCUGAACGGUGAAGUGAUUAGAUUAGAUGGUGCACAAAGAUGGUUUCCGCUGUAGUUAAUUGAAUGUUUAGAUUUAGAAUAUAUUAAGACUGUUAAUAAAUGU